AAACCUUUAGCCGGAGGCAACCGCAUGGACAGAAGUCUGCUGGAGCCGCAGCGUUACGGAGCGUCCGCGUUUAGUGUCAUCAGGAGUGGUGCAAGAAGAUAGAGCUGUGUUAGGCUCCAACAUUGGGCAGAGGAUCAUUCAGAGGUUUACUUUCAUCUAGCAAUUAGCUCAUUGAUCAGUCAUCGUCCAAUAAAUAGUCGUUUGUGCAUGUGUGUGUGUGUGUGUGUGUGUGAACAGUGAUUGUGAUGGUGUAAAUUGUGAGAAACCCGUUAACACUGUAGCAGAAGCACCAUUACCUGAAAUCGUCGUAGCCAUCAAUACCCAGCAAGUGUAUAGUGCAGUUAAGGUGAAAUGGCGCCCGAAAAGGAUGUGGAUGUGAUUGAUGAGCCCCGGGAGCCGAUGGGCAGUGGGAAUGGUGUGGUUGGUGAAGGCAGAGAAGGAACAGAUCGAGCGGAGGAUGAUGAUCGUACCACUGAUCAGGUGACCGAACAGGUGACGGUGGGCGAGCGUAAGGGCAGUUACGCCGUGUACAACAAUGGCAAGAAGGCGGAAAAGGUACCGGAAAUGGAGAAGAUGCUGCCGGAGGACGUGGAGGACAUGUACCGGGACAUGCCAGUGACCAAGGAUACGAGCUGUGGCUUUUGGAUGUUUCAGGGUCCAAUGCUGCAAAGAUUCGCCAACAAGAAGGUGUACGUGUUCAUGUACGGCGUGGUGGGCUGCAUCUUUUCCGCCACCUAUGCGUACUUCAACGGUACGAUCACGACGCUCGAAAAGCGCUACAAAAUUCCGAGCAAAAACACUGGCAUUAUCUCGGUCGGGAACGACAUCAGCGCGCUGCUGCUGUCCGCCAUCUUAAGCUACUACGCCGGGAAGGGCCACCGGCCGCGCUGGAUCGCCUUCGGGCUGCUGAUGAUAACGGCGUUCUGCUGGCUGACCGCCCUGCCCCAUCUGCUGUACGGGCCGGGGGAGGCCGCCCUCUCCCUGACCACCGAGUACGGUGCAACGUACGAUGCGAACCAGACGGCCGAGGUGAUGGAAGCCCAGAAGGCCAAAAUCCUCUGCCGCACGAAUGCCACUCGCGGUGCGGAAUGUGAACGGGAGGAGGGCACCCUGGCACCACAGAUCGUGCUGUUUAUCGCCCAGUUUAUCUCCGGCAUUGGAAGCUCGCUCUACUACACGCUGGGCGUCUCGUACAUGGACGAUAACAUCAAGAAGUCGAAAACACCGGCCCUGGUCAGUGUGUCGUACUUUCUGCGCAUGCUUGGACCGGCCAUCGGGUACACGCUGGCGUCCUACUUCCUGAAGCUGUACAUCUCGCCCUCGAUGACGCCGACGAUCAGCAAUACCGACCCGCGGUGGCUCGGGGCCUGGUGGAUGGGAUGGUUGAUACUGGGUGCCGUCCUUGCCUUCUUCGCCAUCUUUAUGGCCAUGUUCCCGAAGCAGUUGCCACGUGCGGCCGCCCGGAAGCGUAUCGCGCAGGAAAAGCGCCGCCUGGGCAUGCAGCUGAGCGAUGCGUCCAAGCGCGAGGAUGAGCUGCCCGCUUCGUUCAAGGAUAUGCUGAAAACCUUCAAACGUUUGCUGCGCAACAAGAUCCUGAUGCUCAACAACAUUGCCUCGGUGUUUUACUUCUUCGGCUACAUGCCGUACUGGAUCUUUACGCCCAAGUACAUCGAGACGCAGUACAAACAGUCGGCCUCCACCUCGAGCUUGGUGACGGGCACGGUUGCGCUAUGCUUUUCCGCGAUCGGUGUGCUCCUGUCCGGACUGGUGAUCUCGAAGUUUAAGCCCCGCGCACGGUACAUGGCGGCGUGGAAUGUGAUCGUGGGUCUGCUGUCGGUGAUGGGCAUGAUCGCGUACGCGUUUCUGGGCUGCUCGGCAAGCGAGAACUCGGUUAUCGUUAACAUUCCUUCGCAAACGGAUCUUACGCCCACGUGCAACUCGGCCUGCCAGUGCGAUUACGUCAAGUACUCGCCGAUCUGUGGUGAGGACGGUAACACCUACAUCUCGGCCUGUCACGCCGGCUGCAAACGUCAGAACCAGUACGGUGAUCUCAAAAUUUACGGUGAGUGUUCGUGCAUUACGCCGGUGGUCAAUUACACCAGCCCACUGUACAAUCAGUUGCUGACGGGUGGCAAUCACACCACCACCAGUACCGCUGCAGCUCGGGAUGAGAAUAUGUUCUCACUAGGCGGAUCGGCCAUUGCGGGACCGUGCCCGCUGAACUGCCAGAAAGAGUUCAUCACCUUCCUGGUGGUGAUGUGCUUCCUGAAGUUUUCUGGCGCCACUGGCCGGGCAAGCAACUUCCUCGUGUCCGUGCGCUGCGUCGACGAGAAGGACAAGGCCGUAUCGAUGGGUUUCGGCAUGAUGGUGCUGAGUCUGAUGUCGUUCAUACCUAGCCCGAUCUUUUUCGGGCUCGUGCUAGACAAGACCUGCCUGGUGUGGGGCAAAACGUGCACCGGCAAGGGCAACUGUUGGCUGUACGAUGGGGAAACGUUGAGGUAUUUGCUGAACUUCAUUGCAGCGGCUUUCGUGCUGGUGGGCACGCUGUUCGAUUGCGGUGUGUGGUAUUACGUGAAGGAUUUGAAAAUCUUUGACGACGAGGUGCAGGAUAAGGAAAUUGCGCUCGCCGAUAAGGAGGAGGAAGCGAUCACGGAUCGACCUACGUAGGCGGUGCACUUGGGGUAGUGUAAGUGUUGUUUUGUUCCUAGUGUCGUUAGCGGCAGGAAAACGGGUUGCCUAGUGAACGAGGAAACGGUUAUGUAUAGUGAAACUAUGACGAUUAUUUAAAUAAUUAGAUAUCUGCUAAGAAAUGAAAAGAACCAAAUUUCUCAAUUGA